AUGUGGGAUUCUCCAAAGACCUCAAGACGCAGUGACAUCUGCUCCUGGCAGCUGAAGCACCAAGAGCUAGAGAGGGUCCACCAGAAGAAGAAGGCGGUGACCGCAAGGGGCAGGUUCAGGGCAAGCGCAGAACAUACUUCACUUCCUCGUACUCUUGGUGAACUACAGCUCUACCGUGUUCUGCAGAGGGCCAAUCUGCUUGGGUACUAUGAUACCUUCAUCCAGCAGGGUGGUGAUGAUGUGCAGCAACUAUGUGAAGCUGGAGAAGAUGAGUUUCUGGAGAUCAUGUCUCUUGUUGGCAUGGCAACAAAGCCAUUGCAUGUACGUCGACUACAAAAAGCCCUCAGAGACUGGGCAACCAACCCUGCACUAUUUAACCAGCCAACAUUGGGCAGUAUCCCCAUCAGCAACAGUAUACCAUUAUUCAAAAUAUCUGAAACAGUGGGUAAGGUUGGGAGGCACAGCAAUGGGCAUCUCAAUAUCUCUGACAGUCAUGGAAAGGGCCUCUCAGAAAAACACGAACAGAAUGGAAAAUACUCUCCUUCCCAGGUAGACAGGAGGUCCUGGAUGUCUAACAUUUCCCCGGAAGCAGAUGAAGGAGAUGAUGAAGAUGUUGAUGAUGAAGAUGAUGAUAGGGGAACACAAUAUGCUCAACUUGGAGAAAGGCUAGAACCUGAAAUGGUACAGGUAGUUUCAGAAAGUGUGGACAGGCUGAUGAAAGGGCUGCCACGGGGAGAUAUGAGUGAGGCUCGAUCCAUGCUCAAACUAAAUAAGAAAGUGGGCCGCUCACUGGGACAUAUCUUUCACAUGAAUGAUGGAAGUCAGAGGAAGGAACGCGAGAUUCGUAGGCACAGUGCUAUUUAUGGAAGGAGUGAAUCCAAGAGACGUGAAGGAAAGAGACUCACACUACAUGAGCUUACAAUAAAUGAGGCAGCAGCACAGUGUUGUGUGAGGGACAAUACACUACUUCUACGCAGAGUGGAGCUCUUCUCCCUAGCAAGGCAGGCAGCCCGGGAGAGCUCUUACCUUUCAUCUCUCAAGGGUUCCAAGCAAAAUUCUGAAGAUAUUGGUGUUCUUCAGACAAAAGUGCUUAAACAAGAGCCGUUGGAGGGGGAAUCCGAAAGAGGGAUGACACCAGUUCGAAUUAGCCUUGAAGAAGACAGUGGAAGCUUGUCUGGAGAGAGCAUUGAUGGACAUCUGCAAGCUGUGGCUAUGAGAAUACCUUCCUCUCCUGGAGCACUUCCAGCGGAUCUUUCUCUUGCUUUGCCCCAUCCUGGCCCUUGGAGUAGACAACUUCUUCAGCAGACACUGAUGGAUGAGGGUUUACGAUUGGCAAGGCUAGUGUCACGUGACCGUUUGGGACGCCUCAGUCUAUGUGUGUCUGGUCCGCAUCAUGUCACAGAAUGUGAUGAUGGGGGAUCAGAAGGUAGCCACAGUUUGCCAGUUUCGCCACAGAUUAAGGAACUUCGAUCAGGGAAUGGAAAGGGGCAAGAGGAAAGCAAUUGAGAAGAUCCCAAGGCCAGAAUUCUGCAGACUGUAGAUGGAUUCCAUGACCUUCUAGAGAUCAUGGCAGAUUCUGUUUUGGCUGUCUCUUGUAUUUACAGAAAACUGACGGAUUCCUCUACUGAUAUCUGCUCCCAGGGAUAUGUCAGCAAAGCAAUAACCGUGAUCAUGUUGUAAUAGUCAGAAUAUUGACUAUUCCUUGUAGACAAUGAAGAGUCUAUUGAUAUGGACACAAUUAUUACAGCUUUAAUCUCUUUAAUCUCUCUUAAUAUAAAGGAAGCCAGAAAAUAACAUCACAACAUACUAAAAAUCAAUAUAAAAAUGCAAAUGUUUAUAUUCUGCCUUGGAAAAGAAACCAUAGUGUGUCAUUCGUUGGUAGCACCAUUUUAAACCCAAUCUUAAUGUGUACAUUCCAAAACUUGUUAGUGUUGAGCUUCUUAAAGGAGACUUGGUGUAUUGUGGUCAUUUUCUGGCAAAGUUAUCGUUAUAU